GACGGUUGGAGGCCAGACAGCUUUUCCAGGGAUGGACUUCUGUCCCCGUUUCUGCCUUGGGGACCUCCUUGGACCCUGUCUAGUGAUACAUCUAUAUCCAAAGUUUAAGCCAGGCCCUGUCUACAACCUGAGAUGGACAAAACAGCCAAAAAAGAGUUAAAGCAGAUGCUGCCUGGGUCUACAGCUGAUACCUACAUGUACUUCCAAAGCUUCAUGCACUCACAGGCUCUUUCUCCCGCUUCCCUGCCCUACAUGUUGCUGACUGCUCAAACCACCAUGUCUCCAACAGACCCCUUUCUUAGCCCUCUUAGAUGUCCCCUCCAGCCUCUGACCACUUCUGCCACACCUGAGGGAAGGUAGCCCUUUAUCUUCAUCCUCCCAUAGCCUUAGGGGCAUUUUGUCCUUCCCUGAGCCAUCCUGGCCCUGAUCCAAGAACCAGUCUGGGCAUUGAGUCCCAUGGCAUGUACCAGUGGGGGAUGGGGAGGAGACCUCAGGGCAGAGGGAGGGUUGGCUGAGAGGUCAUGGCAACCCAGCUGUUCUUCCUUAGUGAGGAGGCUCAGUCAGGUCCCAGGGCCUCGGAAAGGCACCGACCAGGGAGGACACAGGGAAGGGGACACACAGAGGGGCUCAUGCUGGUGCUGGUACUGUGGGUGCCCCUGGCAUUGGUAGAGCUCCAGGGAGACAAGAUGACAAUGUCAGCCUCAAACCUGAGUUGCUUCCAAUGCUUCAAGGUCAGCAGCACAAGCCAGUGCCAGCCUGCCGUGUGCCGAGCCACUGAUCAAGUCUGUGUCUCCCACAAGGUGGUCGUCCGCAACAAUUUAAGGAUGGAAGUUCAGAUCAGCAAACGCUGUGCCCCCAGAUGUCCCAGUUCCAACAGCUGGUAUGAGUGGAUGCCCAACCUUGGGAUACAAGCAAGGAUUGGAAGGCACUGCUGCUCCAAGAAUCUCUGCAACAAGGCACCCACCAGGCAGAAGGGGCCCUGGGUCAGGCCAGGGGGGCUCCUGACACUGGUGGGCCUGGGCUUCCUCUGGACUCUGUUGUGAGCAUCCUCACCCAGCACCCCACUCAACCAUUGGCACAUCCUGUUGUCCAUCUCCAGCUACAACCCUCUGUCCCUUCCAGGACCCCCUGGGGGAUGCUUCCUGCAUGAAGUGCCAGGGAGGGCACCUUGGCCUCCACCCUGGACCCCAUCAUGCCCCUGUCUGACACUUUCACUCAAGAAGACAGAAAAGCAGGCUCUGCUCCUAAUAAAGAAGAAGGUGGCCUUUCUGGUUUGUGGGACGGGCUCAUUGUAAAAGGUUCAUGCCCUGAGCAGGCUGCUGGAACAGGAAGGACCUGCUAAGUCUAGACUGUAGCUCCGCCUUCUCCAUUUCAGCCACCAAUGUCCAAGGAGCCCAAGCAGAGGAACACUGUGAUAUCCCCACCAUGUGCCCCUCACUCCUCAGAGACAAUAAACUCUCACU